CCUCUGUAAAUCAUAGAGGAACAGUGAAGCAGCUAAGAAAGAAGGUAUUGGGCAAGAAGAAACAUGCGAUUCCUCCUCUCGGCCAUCACGACAGCUCUGCUCGGUCUCAUCCCCUUGGCCCUCGCGUCGGACAUAGAGCAUUGGGUCGCUCUUGCCCAACAGUCAAAAGAUGGAAUCAUCAAACUCAACUCUGAGUCGUACGAAGAGCUUGUAGGUGGGACGGAUAGAGAGUACUCUGCAGUCGUCGUUCUCACUGCUUUGGGUACACAAUUUAAAUGUCAACCUUGCCACAACUUUGACCCUUCUGUUCAUCAAGUAGCAGCCUCCUGGAAACGUCUCCCUAAAUAUGUGAGGGAUCAACAUAUCUUCGCUCAGUUGGACUUUGCCGAUGGUCAAGCUAUCUAUCAAAAGCUCGGACUUACCUCUGCUCCGACAGUACAGUUUCACCCCGCUUUGAGUGGACCGAACAAGGGGAACAAAUUAUCCGUGAUCACAUAUGAUUUACCUCGAAAUGGUCUGGAUGCAGCUCCAUUCCAUUCCUUCCUUUCCCCUCUAACUCCCAUCCCAUUCGACCUACAUAAACCAUUCAAUCCCAUCCCUCUCAUCAUAACACUAGUGACUUUAGUAGUCUCCACCGCUGGUCUAUACUCUCUUUAUCCAUAUAUCAUCCCUAUCGUCCAAUCCCGCGUAUUUUGGGGUGUGACCAGUAUAAUGCUAGUUUUGACAUUCACCAGUGGACAUAUGUGGAAUAGGAUAAAGAAUGCUCCUUAUACAUCCCAAGGACAAGAUGGGAGCGUUAGUUGGAUCGCCGGUGGUUUUCAAAAUCAAUUAGGGAUGGAAAGUCAAGUCGUUGGUGCUAUUUACGGUCUGUUGGCGUUUUCCAUCAUAUCACUUACCCUCUUCGUCCCCUCACAAACUUCCCCAGCAAAACAACGUGUGGGAGUUUACCUCUGGUUAGGUAUGCUCAUUGUCGUUUUCUCACUAUUGAUGAAAUUGUUCAGGAUGAAAAAUGGAGGUUAUCCAUUUUCUCUCUUGUUUUAAAACUACGAUGCAUAUCAUGUUUACCU